UUCAAAUUGACCAACCAUCGGGAGGCGAAGAACAAAUUAAAAAUGGUAGCUGUCAAAUGAACUAACAACAUUGGAACAGAAUUACGAGCAAGGUGCGAAUGAAUGUUGGAAAUCUAAAUUUUCUUCUUGAUAAUGUGUUAUAAAGUUAUCUAUUGAAAGCUAUUUUAUUGACAUAUAACAAUGGAUUUAAAAAAAAAAUUUAUUCUCGAAUGGAAUGCAAUAUUUCCAGGUGCUAAACUUCCAAACUUAUCAUUUUUCAAUUCAAAGCAAUCGUUUGAGCAAGAAUUUGUUCUCACUCAAAAGCGUGUUUCUGAACUAAAGUUAAUUUUACAGAAAGAAGAGUUUUUACUUUCAACAUUUCACAAACUUAAAGAUGACAAAAACUUUCAAAAUAUGGGGCAGUCUCUGACUCCUGCAGAAGAGUUAGUUCCCCCGGGACAGCUUUUAUCAAUAAGUGAUCAGUUGUAUAGUCCCAGGUAUGAUAUGGCAGAUGAAAAGGCAGAUGUGUUUACGUCAACAUUUUCAAGUUUUAGACCACCUUCCAAGUCCCACUCCAACAUUUCUUUAGAAGCAACCACAUCAACUUUGCCAAACGAUGAACAUACACGCAUACACACCAAGUCCCUUUCCUUAGAUGAUAGUGAGUUAAAAAUUAAGCCGAGAAGACGCUCCACAGAUCCUGAGACUCGCUUUGCAAAUCCUCCCAAACCUGCACCAAGGUUGCUCACUAGAAACAGUGCUAUUAGAAGAGUUUCCCUUGACAGUGGUCUUACCAACACCAAAAGAACUGUAAAAGACAGUGGAGAAUUAAAAACAAUGAGCAAUAUUGAUUUAAGCUUGUCAGCAAAGUUGUUGCCAAGUCAAGACAAUGAAGAAGUUGUAGAAGAAAUUAGUAACAUUUUAAAGGAUUCUUUGGUAUCAGAUAACAAAACAGAGGAAUAUGAGCAUAUAUACACUGAUAUCACUGACCUAAGUAUUACCAAACCUCCCCUGGCCAAACCUGAUGUUGAAAGUGAAUAUGUUGAGCAUGAACUUCUGGAAAAUCAAGAACAAUUGUAUGAAAAUGCUAAUAUGAAGCCGAAGAUAGAACUGCUUGUUGAUAAUAGUGAACCACAAGAAACUGUUUUUAGUGCAAGGCAAGAAAAACUAUGCAGAGAAAGGAAGAGACUUGGUUCACAAGACAGACAGGCAUUUUUGUUUUCAGAUGAUUUGGAUGUUACAUCAGCAACAAAUGAAGCAAAUAAAGAUGUUAAUAAAAAUGGUCUUGAUAUGGAAGCAAUAUUAAAUAGCUCUCAUGAAAGUCUUGUGGAUGAUCUUGAAGACGAGGUUAUUGAAACACCAGACAUAAUCAUUAAUAAUCAUCAAGUUGAAGAAGACUAUGAUGAUGAUGAACAUAUCUAUGCAAAUGUUGACGAUUUUUCAAUACGAGGUAAAGACAGUGAUAAUGAUAGUGAUCAUGAGCCCUUGAGUGGCUUGCCUUCUCCGAAUUAUCGUGAGAUGACAUCAGAUGAGAUUGCUUUCCUGCAAAAACAUAAUAGUGAUGAUGACCAUUCCCAUGAUGAAUCUGACUCAGACGAACUCUCAAGCAGUGCUCCCUCCAAAGUGUUGUGUCGGACAAGACAAAAUAGUUCUAGUGAAUUGCUGCGUACAUCUAGUCAGGACAUCAAGAAAGUGAGAAAUGGCAGUUCGCCUGCAAAGUCGCAGCUGCAUGAUGGAAGUGAGGGGGAAGAAAAGGAAUUGAUCAAAGCUAGUCGAAUGCGAAAGUAUCUGGUAAUGAACUUAUUGGAUAGCGAAAAAUGUUAUUAUGACUGUUUGGAGAUCCUAAUAAAGUUUAUGAAACCCCUUCGUGUAUCAACUGAAUCAUCACAGCCAAUCAUUUCAGCAGCUGACUUUAAGUUGAUAUUCCACAGAGCAGAUGAGUUGUUCACCAUUCACAAGGAUUUCAUUAUGGCUCUUGAACCGAGAAUAGCCAAUUGGACAGAUGGUCAAGUGAUUGGGGAUUUGUUUUUGAUGAUUAUGCAUGGUUUUGAUUUGUAUUCUACCUAUAUUGGAAACUAUAAACAUGCCAUGGAGACAAUAGCUAAAUGUAGAAAUGCUAAUCAACAAUUUGCUGCCAUUAUGGACCAAGAUAUUCGGAUUGCUUCUCUGAAAGAUCCUUUGAAACUUGAUGGUUUGUUGUAUAAACCUGUGGACAGAAUGACACAGUACUCUCUCAUACUUAAUGAUUUGAUGAAGUAUACGUCACCUGACCAUCCCGAUCAUCCACUCAUUGUUGAAGUUAGUGGUGCUUUAUUUGACCUUUUCGAGCAAGUCAACGUGGACACGUCCAAAAAGAAACGCAGACAAAGACAACUGCUGAAAGAAACAUUUGCUGUUGAAAUUGUUGAUGGUGAAAGAAGAGCGAGAAGCCUAAUUUUGUUUAAUGACGUCAUUAUAGCAGCAAAACUAAAAUCAACGAGAGAUUCAUAUGUAUGUAAAUGGUAUGCUGCUCUUGCUGAUAUACAUUUAAAACCUGUGCCAGAAUCUGAAAGCAGUCAAAUUGUACCUGUUUCUGCAAAAUCAGAGUGUGACAAAUUGAGAGCAAGUAUUGCAAAUCUUCGGCAAGAAAUAAGAAAGGAACAUAUGCCAUUGCAACAAACUGUAUCCACAGAUGCUUCUCCGCCAUUUAUGAAACGAAGAAAUAUGCCAGGACCUAGGUCGUCCUCUAGGGGUGUGGAAAAAUUCAAGAAGAAGAUAGCUGAACAGGAAAGGUUACUGCAGCUGAUAUCGCCAAGCAUACCUUUCAAUUUGUAUCAUAAAAGUGGAAAGACGUACACAUUACUCGUUAAUGUGGAGUCCGAACGACAAGCAUGGAUGGAAGCAUUAAGACCAAGAUUACGAAGAAUUCAUGCACGACAUGCAGAAUCCAUCCAACUUAGCAGUUUGGAACUUCAACAAGCUUUUGAAACUGUGCUGAAGCUCCAGAGUUUGGGUGCUCGUUUUGGCGCACAGUUGCCUUCCCCAUUUCUUGGACCAACUCGACCUAUAAGUGUGGACUUCUCAAAGUUUGAAGCAGAUGAAAAGGAGUCGUUGACCGGUUACUUAUUCAUCAACAUACUUCAUGGAAAAGGCUUCUCGAAAAAUUCAGAUACAUAUGUUGUUCUUGAAAUUGACAGCUACGGACAUUUCUUUAAAAAAUCGAAAACAAAACCAGCGCGUGGUUCUGAUCCGCAAUGGGACGAGACGUUCGAAUUCGAAAUCGAAGCGUGUAACACGUUGCGACUCUCUUGUUACAACAAGCUGCGACUGAUGGGCGACGAUAUCAGUGGUAAAGUUUGUAUAAAUCUCACCCGUGAAAAUCUUGUGGAUGGAAAAAACCGUUCGUUGAAUGUAUCUCUGGAUCGUGGACAGGCUUCCAUGAAUAUAUCUUUAAGUUUCUCCACGUCAAUGGAUGGGAUCAAGAAAUGUCCGUCGUUCAGAGAAAAUGGCGUGUUUGGAGUGCCCAUAUUAGCUGUGUGCAAGCGCGAAAAGAACUCUAUUCCAGUUGUUGUUAUAAGUUGCAUCAAAGAAAUCGAGAAAAGAGGUAUGGAUGAAGUGGGAAUAUAUCGCUUGUCUGGUAUAGCAUCAGAAAUACAAAAUCUAAAGAAGCUUUUUAACGAAAGAACCCAAAAUGCAGUGCUGGCACUGUCCGACACGGACAUCCACGCAGUAGCAGGUCUUCUGAAGUUAUAUUUUCGUGAGUUACCACAGUCCCUCUUCACCAGCAAACUGUAUCAUAAAUUCGUUGAAGGGCUCAGCAUCACAGAUGCAGAAGAGAAAGAACUGUACAUGUGCGAUGUGGUACAAGAACUUCCAAAAGUCAAUCGCAUGACUGCGUUAUAUUUAUUUGGACAUCUACGGAGGGUUGCUCUACAAGAAAGUCAGAACAAAAUGGGCCUCAACAAUCUUGCCACAGUGUUCGGGCCGACUGUACUACGACCGCCGUCCUCGUCUAGUGUCGACAAGGAAAACGAGAGAAGUUCGUGUAAUGUAGGAACGUUCGACAUCGGUGCUUUAGAUGUUAUGUCCCAAGUUGGGAUAUUCAGAUACUUUUUGACUUUAAAAGAUAACCCUCGCACAAAGUUGCCGGAGGAUGAUUUAGAACUUUGGCGACGGUUGGAUCCUGAGAAAGCGUUAAAACUAGAAGAAAAACUCAUGGUCGGUGCGGAGGAGUACUUGAUUUAGAUUCGGUUGCCUCGUUGUUCUAAUUAAUCGAGAAUGUCUGUCUGUGAAGUCAACCGUGAUAUUUGCACCAAUUCCGACGAACAAGCAAGCCUCGGUUACCCCGAAAUAUUAUGUUAAAUAUGUACAAGUUAGCGAGACAUUUUACUGUUGAUACAAACGACAAAAUACAAAUCAAGUAGCGGUUGACUUCUACCCAAAGGAAUUUUAACCCUCGAGUGUAUUCUUAGUUAUGACAACAGGUGUCCAUGGUAGCGCUGUAUAUUAUCUUUACAUUGGUGCCUAGUAACUAACUUACCGUAACUGAUAUCUUGUAUUUUACAGUUUUACCAUUUUAUAAAUGUAUCUUGGUUUUACAUUUUGGUUUGCUGGCCAAGUCAUUUCAUAAGCAAAGUGGACUUUUAUAACUUUUAUGUACUGCACUAUCAACCAAUUGACGCUUUCUUUCUCUCUCUCUUAUAUUUUGUUAACUUUUGAAUAAAUUAUUUUUUAUGGUGAUUUAAUUUUUGUGGUAUUUAUGUGUAACAUACAUUAUUUUUUUAUUUUUUAACAACUAUUUUACUUGGUCACAAUUUGUUAAAUUUUUAAGUCUCAAUAUACAGUGCUCUUUUCUGA